AGCACCCGCCCUCAUUUUGCACAGACGCAAGUUGCACUCCCAACAUAGCGAAUCCUGGAAGACAACUAGUCUUCCAUCAGCGCUAUAUACUAAUCGUAUAACCUAAAUCUUUUCUUUCUUUCACCUCUGUGCUUCACCUCUUCACAAAAAUGAAAUCUAUGAUCGUAGUAGCUUGCUUGGCGUUGGCGUGCGGCGCUCACGCAUCCGGCUGGGCCGGCCCACCCGCCAACAUCGCCCUGUCACAGGACGGCCGCAACAUCCUCGACACCCCCGAGGUUGCUCAGGCCCGCGCUGCUCACAUAGCCGCCUUACAGCAGGCGUCGCAAAACAACCCCAACCCACAAGACGAUGGCUCCUACGACCCCAGAUGGGACAACGAGGAGUACUGGCAGGGUGAGCAGCAGCGUAGUUGGAACGGCGCCCCCGCCGCCUCAUGGAACAGCGCCCCCGCCUCCUCAUGGAACGGUGCCCACGCCAACCAGUGGAACGCCGCCCCUGCCGCUCCCGCGUGGAACUCCGGCGCCCCCGCACCCGUCGCUGAGACUCCCGAAGUGGCCCAGGCCCGCGCCGCUCACCUGGCCGCUCUCUCCGCCGCCAAGCCCGCCGGCCAACAGUGGAACGCUCCCGCCAACAACCAGUGGAACGCCCCCGCCCACAACCAGUGGAACGGUGCUCCCUCAUGGCAAGGACCUGCCGCUCAGAUCAGGCUGGCCCAGAACGGCAACGGCAUCCUGGAGACCCCUGAGGUAGCCGCCGCGCGCGCCGCCCACCUCGCCGCGCACGCGCAAGCCGGCCACGGCGGUGCCGCCCACGCGCCCCAGCAGCACUGGUGAAACCUCUCUCCUCUUCCUCCUCCUUCCCUUUUCCGGGCUCACUGGACGCGGCUCUAGGCCGUCUCUCACGGAGACAGCUAGUCAGUGACGCACUAGAAUUACGUCGAGGUGCCCGUCUACAUCCUUACUUCGAUCUCUUCUUCGUUUAGAAACUAUUUAAAGUGCAAGUGCGUCAACCUAUUCUUUCUUUUCGGCUUUUUUGUUACUUUUAUAAAUUUCUAUCGAACAAAUAAUUUUGUACAUAAUAAUUAUUAUUGUAUGUAUUCAUUAUACACGAAUUAUAUAAAAUCGAAAAUCA